AAAAACUUAUUUAGUUUUAUUUGUUAGUUCAUCUGGGAGAAACCAUUUAAAAAUUCAAUAUUUUAAAUAUCUAAAUUUCAGCUGCUGCAAGUGGAUAUUCUCAACCGAAGGGAAGUAGACCGGCGCCAACCCAGACAGAUCUAGAACAUUCCCCACAAUGGCCAAGAUCCUGCAGAUGGCAGUGAUGUUUGGCAGCUCCAAGCUGGUCAACAGCAAUUUUUCAUAUGAUGAUAUGUCCAACGGAGUGGAGCAGAUUCCACAGAUGAAGCGGGAACUGCCCACGCGCAAGUUUUGCCUGGACGCCUUCAAAUCGAACAUGUACGAUGUCCUCAUCAUUGGCGGCGGCGCAGUAGGAGCCGGUUGCGCCCUGGAUGCGGCCACGCGGGGCCUUAAAACGGCCCUAGUCGAGGCCGACGACUUUGGCAGCGGCACUUCUUCCAAGUCCAGCAAGCUGUUGCACGGCGCCUUCAGGGACUUGGAACAGGCGAUAAGGCGUUUCGAUCGUGCCGCCUUUCGGCGCGUGCAGAGCUCUCUGAUGGACCGAAGCAGCAUUGGGAAUCUGGCGCCGCAUCUCACCCAGCCAGUGCCAAUCAUGCUUCCAAUACAUCACUGGUGGCAGGCCCCCCUCUACUACCUGGAGCUAAGCUUGUACCACAUGCUGGCUCCUAAGGGAACAAAGAGCUUCCAGUAUGUCAGCGCCGAGGAGGCUGUGGAUAUAUUUCCAAUAAUGCGAAGAGGGGAUCUCUUUGGAGCCUUUAUCUUCUACGAGAAGCAGUAUGACGAUGCCCGCAUGUGCCUCUCAGUGGCAUUGACGUCGGCCCGCUACGGAGCAGACAUCUGCAACCACAUGAAAGUCGAAAAUCUGAUCAAGAACAAGGAUGGAUAUACUGGCGGCGCCAAGGCCGUUGACCAGCUGACGGGCAAGUUCUACAAGAUAAGGGCGAAGAUUGUCAUAAAUGCCACCCCAAACAGCAAGAACGUCGCACCGGCGCACAUCGAAGUGGGGGCUGGGAAUCUGAGCGACAGCGUGCGCAUGAUGGAGGAUCCCUUGGCAGAGCAGCUUUGCACUAGCAGCUGGGGUUCUAUUGCUGUCUUUCCGCGUUUCUACUGUCCCGAGAAUGUCGGCGUGUUCGAUCCCCACACGAAGGAUGGUGGUUCGAUAUUCUUUCUUCCCUGGCAGGGACACACUCUCGUGGGAACCAGCAACGACGUCUUCGAUGAGCCUGGAAAUACGUCUGUACAGCCGCAGCGAGAGCGAGAAGUGCAGUGCCUGCUGGACGGAAUCAAGCAUUUUGUCAGCCCCCACUUCGAUGUGCGCCGGUGCGACGUUCUUGCUGUUUGGGGCGCCUUCAAGGCAAUUCCGGUCGAAUCGCCAUCACUGAAUAACACCCUACUGAAGAAUCACGUCGUCAACCUGGGUCCCAGGAACAUGGUCUCCAUUGUGGGUGGCACCUGGUCUUCGUUCCGCAUGCUGGCCGAAAAGGCCGUCAACGCUGCCAUUAAAUACGGCAAUAUAGACGUUCUCCGGCCACAUUCGGUAACGGCGGACGCUUGCAAGCUGGAUGGUGCCAAUGGUUGUUCACCAAGGAUGUUCAUACGGUUGGUGCGGGACUUCGGUAUGGAGCGUGAUGUCGCCGAGCAUCUCUCGAACACGUACGGUUCCAAUGCCUUCAAGGUGGCCGUCAACGCCACCAGGAGCGGCAAAGGUUGGCCCAUAGUCGGAAAGAGGUUACACUCGGAGUUUCCCUACAUAGAGGCCGAUGUAAAGUAGGGCGUGAGAGACUAUGCCUGCACAUUGGUCGACAUGGUGGCUCGCCGGCUGCGCGUGGCAUUCCUCAAUGUGCAGGUGGCGGACGAAAUCCUGCCACAGGUGGCGAACGUUAUGGGCCGCGAGCUGAAGUGGUCCAACGAUCGCAAGGCCAAGGAGAUUGACGAUGCGCGCAGAUUUCUCAAUACCCAAAUGGGCCAGCUGAGCGAGGAUCCCAUCCAUCUCAGCGUCCCCAUUAAGAUGUCAGUGCGGCAGGUACAGAAAUAUGUGACGCACUUCAGGAGCCUAGAGGAGAACAACACCGGCUACGUGACAAUCAACAACUGCUGCAAGGCGAUGAAGGCGAUGGGUGUCAAGGAAGUGCCCGUCGAUCUGAUGCACUACGUCCUUCGCGACAUCGACUGCCACGCACAGGGAAAGGUCAAUCUGUACGAGUUCCUGCUGCUCAUGUCGGCCGUAGUUCAAGGGGAUACCGAAUACCUGCGCUACGCUAAGAUUUGUGUAGAUCAAAAGCUUAUGUCUGUAAGCAACCACCAUCCCCAUACAGUACCAGUGGAGCGGGCAUGCGGUGGACUUUAACACUCUGUAGGCUAGCAUGUUGUU